CCGUACUUUCUCUCUCAAAACCUUGGCGCACUCUCUCUCUCUCUUAACGGCUUAACCUCUCGAUUCUGGCGCACAUUAGCAUCUGAUCCAGCGCAAGGUAGCAAGCACUUGCCAUGGCAUCAUUGUUCUCUGCUCCAGCAUCUGUUCAACCGGGUCGAAUCCGGGUACUUAAAGAGGGAUCCAGUAAAGUGGUGGGUCCUGUUGUCUACUGGAUGUUCAGGGAUCAACGAAUUGCAGACAACUGGGCUUUGAUCCACGCCGUUGAUCAAGCGAAUAAGGCAGAUGUGCCUGUCGCCGUAGUAUUCAACCUCUUUGAUCGGUUCUUGGGGGCCAAAACGAGGCAAUUAGGGUUUAUGUUAAGGGGGUUGCGUCAGCUUCAUAAGGGAAUCGAAGAGACACUUCAAAUCCCGUUUUUCUUGUUUCAGGGAGACGCUGAAGAGACCAUACCAAAAUUUUUGACAGAAUGCGGGGCUUCACUUUUGCUUACUGAUUUUUCACCUCUACGGCAAGUGAGGAGAUGUAAAGAUGAAAUUUGCAGGCGGGUAAGUGAUUCGGUGGCCAUACAUGAACUUGAUGCCCAUAAUAUAGUACCUCUUUGGGUGGCUUCAGAGAAAUUGGAGUACAGUGCUAGGACACUAAGGGGAAAAAUUAACAAGUUGUUGCCUGAGUACCUCAUUGAUUUCCCCACAUUGCAACCACCAAGUAGAAAAUGGGCUGCCUUUUCUCAGACAAUUGAUUGGGAUUGUCUUAUUUCCGACAUUUUGAGCAAGGGUGCGGAGGUUCCAGAGAUUCAGUGGUGUCAACCAGGGGAAAAUGCAGCGAUGGAAGUGCUCAAGGGAAGUAAAGAUGGGUUCCUGACCAAAAGGCUGAGGAAUUAUUCUACAGAUCGGAAUAAUCCCUUAAAACCAAAAGGUCUCUCUGGGCUCUCUCCCUAUCUGCAUUUUGGGCAGAUAUCAGCACAACGGUGUGCCUUGGAGGCUCGUAGUGUCCGUAAACUUUUUCCUCAGGCAGCUGAUACUUUUUUGGAGGAGUUGAUCGUGCGGAGAGAACUUGCUGAUAACUUUUGCUUCUACCAGCCUCAUUAUGAUUCAUUACAGGGGGCAUGGGAAUGGGCGCGUAAAACCUUGAUGGACCAUGCUUCUGACACGCGAGAACAUAUGUACACGACGGAGCAAUUGGAGAAGGCACAAACAGCUGACCCUCUCUGGAAUGCUUCACAGCUGGAGAUGGUUUACUAUGGGAAGAUGCAUGGCUAUAUGCGAAUGUAUUGGGCCAAAAAGAUCCUGGAGUGGACGAGAGGACCUGAGGAAGCCAUUGCAAUAUCCAUUUAUCUUAAUGACAAGUAUGAAAUAGAUGGGAGGGACCCCAGCGGAUAUGUUGGCUGCAUGUGGUCAAUUUGUGGUGUUCAUGACCAGGGUUGGCGCGAGCGUCCAAUCUUUGGGAAAAUACGAUACAUGAACUAUGCAGGUUGCAAGAGGAAAUUUGACGUUGAAGGCUAUAUUGCCUACGUCAAGAGGUUGGUUGGGGAAACGAAAAAGAGAAAAGCAGAGAAUUCACUGGAUAGAAAAUCAAAAGAAGUGUGCAGUUAGUAUGCUGGACGAUUUGAAUUGAUUGUAAAGAUCAUCGAUGAGAGCCUCGCAGGUUGUUUUUCAUGAUGGGAGCAAGGCUGGUGAUAUUCACAACAAACGCUGCCUUUUGAGAAUCCAGUGACUUCCUUUCAUCGGCAUGGCAUAGUCAUGGCUUGGUAGUUCCUUUUCUAAUAUUUGAGGAGUUCAUGGUCUUCCAUUUUUGUGGCUUUAUUUAUAUACCAGCCCGCACUCAUUGAAGUUUAUGCUUGAGUAAUAUAAUACCCUUUCAUUUA